ACGGAUGUAAACCCUCCUCCCUCCUGCUCGGUGGCAUCCAUUCUUUCUCUCAUCUUUCUGUGUAUCUGCUCAUCUCUCCAUCCACCCAUUCAUUUCCAAGGGCGUCCCAGGGGGUGACACAUGUCUCCCCGCUGGGCACAUGACACGCGUGCAGAUGCGUGAGAACCUGCGCUAUUCGGCGUAUGCAUCUGGUGUGUGUUUGGAGGCGUUGACAUGAGGAGCUGAACCAGAACCGACACGAGGAUGAAAAUGCUCCGGUUCCGCAGCCCCAGCAUCCGCUCCUUGGACCAGGAGAUCCUCUGUACGAUCCGCUUACUGGACGACUCCGAGAUUUCCUGCAGCAUUCAGAGAGACACCAAAGGCCAGUUCCUGUUGGACCAUGUGUGUAAUCACUACAACCUGCUAGAGAAGGACUACUUUGGUAUUCGAUAUGUAGAUCCUGAGAAACAAAGGCACUGGCUGGAGCCUAAUAAGCCAGUUGUGAGGCAGAUGAAAUGUUCCUUCCCUAAAAUAACACAGCUGUACCCCAGCAUUGCAGCCCAGCAGCCCUACACUAUGUGCUUCCGGGUCAAGUUUUAUCCCCACGAGCCAAUGAAAAUCAAGGAGGAGCUCACCAGGUAUCUCUUGUACCUCCAGCUGAAGAGAGACAUCUACCAUGGUCGUCUCCUCUGCCCUUUUGCUGAGGCUGCAUAUUUGGGAGCGUGCAUUGUGCAGGCUGAGCUCGGAGACUACGACCCAGAGGAGCAUCCAUCUGACUACAUCAGAGACUUCAAGCUGUUCCCUAAACAGUCUCUCAAACUGGAAAGGAAGAUUAUGGAGAUACACAAGAAUGAGCUCAGGGGCCAGUGUGCUUCAUUAGCAGAGUUGAGCAUGCUCCAAAGGGCCCACAGCCUAGAGACUUAUGGAGUUGACCCGCACCCAUGCAAGGACUUUACAGGCUCCACUGCCUUUCUCGGGUUUACAGCCACAGGUUUUGUGGUCUUCCAGGGGAACAAGAGGAUUCACCUUCUCAAAUGGUCUGAUGUUAGCAAGCUGAAGUUUGAGGGAAAAACCUUUUACGUCAUUGGUAUCCAGAAAGAGAAGAAACUGGUGUUGACAUUUCACACUUCAACCCCUGCCGCAUGCAAACACCUAUGGAAGUGCGGCGUAGAAAAUCAGGCCUUUUACAAGUGUGCAAAAUCGAGUCAGAUAAAGACAGUUUCCAGCAGUAACAUCUUCUUCAAAGGCAGCAGGUUCAGAUACAGUGGAAGAGUCGCGAAGGAGGUGAUGGAAGCCAGCUCUAAAAUUCAGAGAGAGCCCCCAGAAGUGCGCAGAGCGCAGUUUGGUCAGAGUCGAAGUUUCAACUCGCUGAGCCAUAAGAAUCUCAUCAUGAACAUGGAGCCCCUGGUACCUGCACUGCCCUCUACAAAUGAAUACGAAGAGACGGCGACAGAAAACGGUGUUGUCGCUGUGAAAGAUCCUGUCCCCCUGUCUCCUCCAAAACCUCCAACCACACCUGGAGACACAGAGCAACAAAGUACAGAUGCAGGAAACUCAAAUUUGGGAAGCGAUCUGCAGCCUCUCUAUGUUUCCACGGAAACCUCUAAUCUCCGACCUCAAGCACCCAAAUCCGAAGAUGGAUUGGAGGAAGAUGACGAGGCUGGCGGUGCACUCACCAUUUCUGAGCUUUCCUACAGCCCCUGUGCCAGCAUGCUUCCCACCCCAGUGGAGGACGGUCAGGGAGGUGCCGACCUGCUCUUCUCCUCUGCAGUUCAGAGCCCGGCCAGGCUGCUGAGGGAGCUCCACGCAGACCCCGACAUUCAGGCCCAGCUGGAGGCUGAGAGGGAGAAAGACCGUGCAUACGAACGCACACGCCUGGCUGCGAGAAGUCGAAUGAGUGGAGUCCUGAGCAGCAGCCUGCGCCUGCUGUCAUCCAAUGAGAGGGUCAACGCAUGUGUGCUGAGCAUGGCCAGAUUUGUUGCUGUGGUAAUGGGCGUCCUGCUUAUCACUGUGCCCACAUUGCUGCUGCUUCUCGAGUCGGACAUCGACGUGUCCUUCCUUCACGAGAUCCGCCAAACACCAGAAUUCGAGCAGUUCCACUAUGAGUAUUACUGCCCGCUUCGGCGUUGGAUCCUUUGUAAGAUCAGCAUGGCCAUGGAAAACCUAUGGUCAGACUGAACAGCAAGCGAAGCAGAUGAUGGAGCGUCCUGAUGUCUGUCUUAACAUGUGAUCUAAUCAUAUAUGCAGUCUUAACAACUGGUGUCACUGAAGGCAAAACAACAACAACAAAAAAACAAUCUGCCAAUGGGGAGAAAUAAUUUUGCUUUCAUUAUUUAAAAGUGAGUUUGUAUUAUGUUGUGUUUUUUUAUGAUGGUUAACAGAAAUGUAACAAGGUGGUUUAUGAAGAAGGUUCAAUCAAGUAGAUUUGUCUCACCUCUUUGGCAGCAUGGUUUGAGCUCAUGAAGAAAACAGAUUCUAGAAAGGAAUAAGUCAUAAAUCAUAGGAUUCUUCAAUUGUUAAGAUGGACGCUUUUGGCAGUGAUAAACUCAAAAGAAUGGGGACAAAAGGUACUUUGUAUUGUGAAGUUAUGGGCAGAAAUAAUAGAAAGAACUUGUAAAAACAACAGAGCAAACACUUAAAUAGCCUAUCCACACCUGAUGCUGGCAAGUGGGUGCAGUGGCUCUUCAGCAUGCAUCACAAACUAUUCUGAUUGGUUGUUGUCCUCAGAGCAGAUAACCUAAUUGGUCCUGGAGAGUGUCAGUCAUGAUGGAGUGGGUGGGAAGGAAAAAAAGAGCAAGGGUUUAUUUACCAGUAGACAACAGUAUAUAUAUAUAUAAAUAUAAAUAUAUACAUAUAAAAGGAAUAUAUUAAAAAUUGUUACAAAUAUUAAAUGACUUGUUUUUAAUGUUUUGUAAAUUUUUAUGUGAUCUUUCAGGAAUUUUUCAGUCAGAGGAUCUACUUUGAGUUUAUUUUCAAAUUAAGAGUUUAAAAAAAGAUUACUUAAAAAAAGGUACUUUAUUGCAGUGUAUCAGGGUGAUGGGGACUGAGAAACUUAGACUAUUUUUUAGGACUGCCAUCAACCUUUGUUGACUUGGUAGUACCCUGGGUUUUUCCUACAGAGGUUAUAGCACAAAGAUUUACGAUUACAGCUGUUUCAGAUAGCGUGAUGUCAUUUUGGGAGCAGUAGGGAUGAAGGAGGGAAAAUUUAAAUGUUCAGCUGGAGGUGAAAGCAUCUUUCAACACGGCAGUACAUUUGAACAGAAAACCUGUCAAAGAAAAAUAAGCAACAUUCAUGAAAAUUUUGGAUUUGAAGUUCGUCACUUAUUUAAAGAAAAAUGUAUUUAAGAAGUAGAAAUUAUAGAAAUGAAACAUCUGUAGAUACUGCAAGCAGCAGGAGGCUUUACUGUUAAUGCACUGGACAUAAAAGAUACACGAUGGGAUGAUGUGAGGCUUUUAAUUGUGUAAUCCACUCAAUUGCUAUUGCAAAAGAUAUCAAACAACCUGAACAGAGUUGUCCGAAGAACAGAUUGGCACUUAAGUCUCAGUCAUGAAAUAAAAAAGAUUUUAAGCUCUUUUAUGGCAAUUUGUGGAAAUAGGACAUUUCACAUUAAUUGCUACUCCUACUGAGUUUUCUAAAAACAUUUAUUUCUGAGAGCUGCAGCUGCUAGGAGCUGUUGUUGGUCUCAGUAAUGCAGUGCAUUAGUUUGUAAACUGUUAUAGCACAGAAAGGACAAGAGGCCCUUAUCAGAAAAAAAAUAACAAUUAGUGUUUUUUGGGAGCAUACAGCCAUCAGCAGAUUGUGGGUUUAAUAUAUCGAGUGCCUCUUUGUUGUAGUUUGGCUGGUCUGGUUGAAAAGAUGAAUGAAAACAUACAGCACUGAAAAUUACUUAAUUUCAAAUAAAAACAGAUAUUUAAGUAAAUAAAUAUGUUCAAAAUGUUGUUCAGUCGAUGAACUUCUCAGGAAAGGGUAUUAGCAGUUUAUUUUCAAAAUGAAAAGUACACAAAAAAAUACAUGUAUAUUAAAAAAAACAGCAUCUCGUAACCACGCACUUAUAGUUUAUCCAUACAAGCUAUGCUUUUACGCCUAUGCUAACACUGUAUGAGAAGUCAAUCAUAAGUAGAUACAGGUUGUCUGCCUGUAUGUUUGUCACUUUUGAAUGCAUCCAUGUCUUUUUAAUAAGACUAUUAUUCAAAGGUCAUCACUGUUGAGAGCCAGGAAGUGCAGCUCGGUCACGAUAACUGAAUCUCCAUAUGGCUUCAUAUUUAUAAUGGCAACCUGGAACCUUUAUAUUAAAGCUGCGUCAAGGCUCUCUCUCAGAUUCCUAUGAAGAACUGAAAUGAUGCUUUAAAGUUUAUAUCCAGAAGACACUAUUCAUGUAUGUGGCGGCACAUUUCCAUCAAAGCCAUCUUUUUUCUCUUCAGUUCAAUGCCUCAUGUGAUCAGCUGUGUUGUCAUGUAACUUUGUAGACUUUAUGCAUUAACAAGCUUUGUGCAUAUUGAAAGUAUGCAGUAACAACUGAAACACACUUAUCUGGGACAAAGAAUUUAUUUUCCUACGACAGCACCUGCACUAAGUCUCAAUGGCGAAACCAGUAAAAGGGCCGAACCACUACAAGGACAGUGUUUGCAUUUAACAUCAUGUGUCUGAGAGAAUAAUAGCUUCACUGUAGUGGAAGAAAUUGAUUUGUAUGCACCAUUAAACAAUCACCAUAGUCCAGUAGUACAGGGGGAUAUAUUAUCUUAAUUUGUAGCUGUUUGUACUCCUGAUCAAACACCAAAAUGCAGGCGAUACACUGCCUGUCUACAGUGUGUAGCUAAAAGAAACUUACUUCAUCCACACACAGAUCUUCAGGCAGUUUGUUGUUGGUUUUGGUCCUUGAUUUAUUUGCUCCAUUGCCCUCCAACUAAACUGAGGUGUUCCUGAGUUGACUCCUGCAUGCCCUCUUCUGUAAAUGCUAUAGCUGUGGCACCAAAAAAAGCCUGCCAUACUGUAUGUAAAGAUUUCCUUUCUUUCUUCCCUCUUUGUGUCUUGUCUGUGUAAAACAUUCUAGAUAUAGGCUUGGCUGUCUCCUCCAUCUUAGAUUAAUGCAUGCUUGCUGUAUUUUUUACCAAUUGAACAGUGAACAAAAGAAACGAGUCAAAGAUACUUUCAAAAAUAAAUAUGUAAAUAAAAAGUAAGCUUUGUUUAUCUGAACAGCUUUAAAAGUAUACUUCAUUCUAAUCAAUGAACCGACACGGCUGAAUAUGUGUUGCUAAUUUAGUUAGCCUCUUCUCACUUGAUCCAAUCAUGUCCCAAAUAAGUUGGUUACUUGGUUAAAUGGCAUGUAAUUAUUUUGUAAAGACCAGCUCUAAAUUAUUGGACCUCUUAUAUUUAUCAUGUUCUUGCUGUGUAUUUGUAAACCAUCAAAUUCGAAUAUUAGCACGAUCCACGUUACCAACUGAGCAUGCUAGCAUGUUAGCUACCAUAAACAGCGCUGGAUGUCAUUCACUUUCAGUUUGAAAAAACAAAAUAAAACAUUGAACUGAGUCUAGUACAACUCUGGUAAAAGAUUAUCAAAAAAAAACAUAUCAAAAUGCUUAGUUGAUAAGUUUGUAAUGCAAAUGUAAAACCUGCCAUCCUUUAUGGACGGCUGCAGAAGCUAAGAGUGCACGUCUCACUGCAAAAAACAAAAAGGCCUCUUGGUUUUGUGAUAACAGCAAACCGUUGUCCCAUUAUCACUGUAGCAUUUUAAUAUUUUGUAGCCCAUUUAUUACUUUAGUUAGUUAUCUUUGAAGGGGGAUUUAUCCACUUUGAGUUUUGGCUCAUUUUGAGCUACUGAAACUGAGUUUCUAUGUUUGACAAGCAUCAUAAUGUUGAUAAACUGAGAGUCAUCUGUUAUUAAACUGUGAUUGAAAAAAGUUUAAUUAUCAACUUGAUGUCAAAUCUGAGAUUCUAAUGCAAAUGUCCAAGUUUCUGACAUGAGUCAAUUAUUUAUAAACCUUAAAUUAAAUUAAUUCUCUUAAAAGACAGAAAAGAACACCUGAAAUGUAAACUGUGUAGUAGUAAUAAAUGCUUUUGACUAAUUUAUUUAAGAUUUUAAAUAUUUGAACUCAGGUCUGAUAUAUGCAAAAAUGCUGAACAAUACAUGUCAAGAGGAAAAUAAUCUGUAGAUUAUUUCCAUGUUGUGUGGGCAUGUACAGUAGCAGAUUCUCUUGCAUGUCACUUUUUUGUUUUCAGCUGUCAAAUCAAUUAUGUUGUUGUAUACUUGGUUAGUCUAAUUGUUUUGUCACUGUACUGUUAGUUUUUCUUUCUUUUUUAGUCUUUUAAAUACAAUACUUUGAAAAGAAGAAAAAAAGUCUCCAUAAGUAAUCACCCCUCUCUUCUGGGACAACCAAGCCUUAUAAACUUUGUGAAGUGAAAAUUUUGAAUGUUUCUAUGUUCUAAAAGAAAACAUGGGUUGUUUUAUAUGUUAAUACUGCCACAAUAAAACUCCC